AUGGCGUGGUCAUCCAGGGCUAGGGUGAAAUUGUUGUUCUUUGCCAAGAGUCGUGAGCUGUGUGGAUGCAAAGAAGACCACAUCACUGUUCAGUCUCCUACCUCAUUCAGAAAUCUUCUGAAUACAUUGACAAACAAGUACAACAGUUUGUCGACCAUAUCAGGAAAUUUAAUUUUGGCUUUGAACCAAGAAUACCUGGAAAGGGACAGUGAAAACAUCAACCUGAAUGCUGGAGACGAAAUAGCUGUCAUUCCUCCAAUCAGUGGUGGGUAGAAAAU